AUGGGUAGCAGGACAUUUCUUCCUAGCGUUUUUCAGAUCGUCGCUGCACGCAAUAUAGCGGGCAGAUUCGCUUUCUCGGUGGAUGAGAUUUUCCACCAGGUAUUCACUCUCCUUUCGUUUUACCCAACCCACGGCGGUGUUGAUUUUGUACCCACCAACGAAACCACUGCAGGGAUUACUCUGAUGCUUACUGUUGGACUCUGGAAGAUUCACUAUAGCCGCGCUAUAAACGCUCCCGAAAGAAACUCUGCCUUCCAGUUGUACGAAGCUCACUUCACGUUUCUUAAGACAGUCUCCGAUGUGUGCCUCAGCUCUGGUCUGAGAGGACCUUACUUUGCCGAAAGCGCUAGAAUUCUCCUGGGUGUCGCCCUUACGACAGUGUUUUGUAAUUUUUUCACACUUCUCUUUUCACGCAUGGUGUUCUUCUACGCCGCGUUGGGAGCUGGGCUUGCUUGUAUGAGCGGCAUAUUCAUGAUUGCACUAUGGCUCGUCGAGAUACUCAGCUGCACAAGCGCCCUAUCACUUGAUGGCACGCGACCCAAUACCUCACGAGUCAUCUACAUGCGAACCGUAGACGCUCGUCCGGUCAUCCUGACAACCAGUUUCUACCAAUAUCUCGCCUGCGCAAUAGUCUCCGCAUUUCAAACCCCAAUCCUUAUGCUUAAUAUGAAUAUCCUAACCGGUUCUUAA